UUCUAGGCUGGCGCUAGGUAGGAAGGCAGAAUUACACAAUGUGCAGUUUCCUCGGGAAAUAGCAACAGACAAUAAGAAAAAAGGCGCUUUGAAAAAAUGAUUAUUGUUUAGACCAGCACCCAUUUCUCGGCAUAGGACGAUGGAGCACAUUUUAACGCCAAAGGUAGGUGACCACUAGCUAGCUAGUGAUGCUAACUGGCAAUAACUAACGUUAGUUAGCUAGCAACUACGCUAACAUUAUCUGACUUCGCUAGCUAAGUUUCCCAGGAUCGUUUUUUAACGGAAUCAUCUGCUUGCUCUCUGACUUAGCUACAGAACAAUGUUAUAGUCAUUUGGGCAUUGUUUUGUUAAGUUAGGAACGUUUGCUUGUUAGCUAGCUAACAAGAUUGACGGUCACUGCAAACAACAGCAAGUAAGCUAGCUAGCUAACUAAAGUUACAUUCCUGCAUGUCAGCACCCCUGUGUUGGAACUCUAGGUCUCCAGGAUUUCCUGCUGUUGGCUUUAGUAAGAGUGCUUGGAAAAUAUUUCUCAGCCAUUCAUUCACCUGUUGACAUUUGUUUUUCAGAGAAUGGCAUGUGGGCUGCAAUCUGUCCUAAUGUCUUUUUAUUUGAAAUGACAGGUGGAAGAAGUGAAAUUGUUGGAUCGAUACACUGCAAAGAAGCCAGCCAUUGGCACUCUCUAUCUAACAGCAACCCAUCUAAUCUUUGUGGAGACCUCCUGUAACACUCGCAAGGAAACCUGGGUAUGACACUUGUUCAGAGAGCAUGGCGAGGGUUGAGUGCCAAAGGGGUGUAAGUGUCUGGUAUGAAAGCAACCCUUGGCCCUUUCCCAUACCAUGUACACCUUCACUGUUCACAUAUAUGAAGGCACUGGAUAGGAUGUAGGCUAAGUUGGUGUGUAAGCAACUAUAUGCCCCUUAUUAGGAGGGGUGGUGCCACACUGAUUAGGCCUACACCUAUCUGGGUUUCUGCCAAUAUUUAAGUGGUAGAGGUAGGGAACUUAAAAGCCAGCACUCAAGAUUAAUAGUUUUUUUGUUUCACUCAUCUUCAUCAGAUGUUACACCAUCUCAUAGCUACAGUAGAGAAACUCCCUCUUACAGCCAUGGGAUGCCCACUUCACAUUUCCUGCAAGAAUUUCCAUGUGGCUCACUUUGUAAUUUCCAGUGAGAGGGACUGCCAAAAUGUUCAUCAGUCCCUGGUCAGACUCUCCCAACCAGGUACUUACAGUAGCAUUCCAGAUCAACCCUCCUUCCUUUCGGAGAAAACAAAAUUGUGAUCCACUGUGAAUAUUUAUACAAUUUUUCCCUACAGUAACAUUGGGCUUUUUUAUAGGGAAAGUGGAAGAGUUGUAUGCUUUUCUUUACAACCCAAAACAAGAUGAAGAUGAGAGAAGAAAUGGCUGGGGCUUUAUUGACUCAGCCAUGGAUUUCAAAAGAAUGGGAUUGCCCAAUGAGUUUUGGGAAAUGACAGACCUCAACAAGAACUAUGAGGUAAGUUAACCAAUCAUAUGCCUUUCAGACUUUAUUGGAUUUGUUUUUUUGUCAAACAAAUGCUGUCUUGCCUCCCCAUGCAAUUCUUUAGUUUUGCAUUAGCUUUUUGAACAAGCAAAGGUAUUUGCAACUAAUGCAUGCACACGUUGUUUUGUUCCCUCUGUUGGAUUGCUUAGCUUUGCAGCACAUAUCACUCAGAACUGGGCAUUCCUAAAACUGCAAGCAAGAGCACAGUCUUUGGGAGUGCCAAAUUCAGGAGCAGGGGGCGCAUUCCUACUCUCUCCUACUACCACAAGGAAAGUAAUGUAAGUUCAGACUCUCCCUUAUUUAAUGCAAGGGUCAGUCUCAUCUCUGCUGAUGCUAUACUUACUGUAUGUGUUAAUGAUUACAAUGGCAUUCCAACUGAACUUCAUGUUGAAGCUGUUUUGGUUUCCCCCUCAUCUACCAGGCUGCCAUUUGCCGCUGUAGCCAGCCCCUGUCCGGGUUAAGUGCUCGAUGUGUAGAAGAUGAGGAGAUGCUACAGGCAAUCAGCCGGGCUAAUCCCAAAAGCACCUUCAUGUAUGUGGUGGAUACCAGGCCUAAGGUAAUAAACACGCUUUCAGAUAAUUGUAUUGCUCAUUUCCCCUGUAUGUUUCAUUUGCCCCACCCUAAUCCAAACCAUCCUACCAUUGCUUUAUUUCCAGUUGAAUGCCAUGGCCAAUAGAGCAGCAGGGAAGGGAUACGAGAAUGAGGACAACUACUCAAACAUCCGCUUUCAGUUUGUGGGCAUCGAGAAUAUCCAUGUCAUGAGGAACAGUCUGCAGAAGCUUCUGGAAGGUUACUAUCAUUGCUCUCACAUAAAAACGAUGAACCAUAAUCGUCGGGUGUAGUUGGUUAUACUUAUUAAUCAUUUACUGAUGUGAAAAGUCAUUUUGCAGCAUGAAAGGAAUAAAGACCAGGCAAAGUUCAUGCUCAACAAAGUCAAGUUUAUAAGGUGCUUAGUUGUCAUCUUCUGUUUUCAGUGUGUGCAAUGAAGUCUCCAACAAUGAGUGACUACUUGACGGGACUGGAGAAUUCGGGUUGGCUGCGUCACAUCAAGGCUGUGAUGGAUGCUGGAGUGUUUCUGGCUAAGGUAAUAGACAUCCUGCCAUGUAGCCAUCUCCUUUGUUCAAUAUAAACAGCAACACAUUCUUAUUUAGUACCUAUAACCUGAGUAAGAAAUGUAUGAAAACCCGAAAUAUUAUCACUUUUGCUUUGUGUCCAUCUAGUUUUUUAAAUCUAGCAUGUAUGAUUUGGUUCUGAGCUAUCCCUUGUCUCUGCUAAGGCUGUGGCUGAGGAUAAGGCUAGUGUGCUUGUGCACUGCUCAGAUGGCUGGGAUCGCACAGCCCAGGUGUGUUCUCUGGCCAGCAUCCUCUUGGACCCCUUCUAUCGGACCAUCAAGGGACUCAUGGUGAGAACAGAGUGGUUUGCUUACAGUAUCUUGGCAAUAUAAGUGUCUGUGUGCUGGACAGCACAGUUAUUGUCUACAAAAUAUAAUAAUUUGAUCACUAAUUAUUUAAACUCUCAAUCUGUUUAUUUCUUAUUUUAGGUUUUGAUAGAAAAAGAAUGGAUAUCUAUGGGUCAUAAAUUCACGCAAAGGUAUUAACAUCUAAUAUUUUUGGAACAAGGCUAAUCAUCUAACCAUGUUGGUGUCCCAUCAAUAGUGUCUGCUAAAUUACAAAAAUUUGAGACUAAAACAACUGAACUAUCAGACAAGCUAAAACCACGAUAAGUCAUAACAUAAGAUCUUCAUGGUGUACAUAGGUCAUAAGAUAACAGAUAUAAUAUUGAGUUGCUGGUGUGGGACAUGUGGAUGGGGAUCCCAAGGAGGUGUCCCCUGUAUUCACCCAGUUCAUUGAAUGUCUUUGGAAUCUCAUGGAGCAGUACCCCUGUGGCUUUGAGUACAACGAGAAGUACCUUUUGGAAAUCCACAACCAUAUUUACUCCUGCCAGUUUGGAAACUUCAUUGGCAACUGCCAAAGAGAGCGAGAGGAGAUGCGGUGAGGAGUACCUGAAAUAAACUGCAGUGCCUAUGCAGACAUCUGAUUUCCUUUUCUGGAAUAGUCAUUUCCGAUUUGGAGGUUUUAAUCUGUUCGUGAACAAUUUAUCCUUUCAAUUUUCAGACUUUAUGAGAGGACCUUCUCCGUUUGGCCAUUUCUCUGGGAGAACCGCCAUCAGUACAGAAAUCCUCUGCACAAAUGCUCAAUAGGGAGGGAAGUUCUGAGGCCAAGCACAUUGCCAUUGAAUUUCAAGUAAGUUCUCAUUGGUUUCCUGAGUUUUCCACUAUGAGCAAAUUAAUGUAUUGUCAAUGUACAUGAGCAAUAGCUGUAUAGUCUUUUUUUCAAACAUUUGAAUUGUGUUUUAUAGAAUACCAAUUACAUUAUUUAUUUGGCAGGUUUUGGUGUGGCAUGUAUAAUCAUUUUGACAAGGGCAUGCAGCCAAAGCAGUCCAUUCUGGAUCACCUGCUAACCAUAACACAGAAAAAGGCAGAGGGUGAGAAGAAAAUGACAGAUCUCCAGAGAGUAAGUGGAUAUAGAUUUUUCUAAUGGCACAUGUAAAAGCUUUCUCGGGUGGCUUGAAUACAUUUCUCCAAUGUUUUCAUUCCUCUGUAGCAGUUGGCAGUCAUGGAUGGGGUUCUGGCAGAUCAGGGCAGUCCAACAGGCACAUCACCUGAACAAACCUCUUUGUCUCCUGUAUCGGUUAGCCACACAGCCGAAAAUGCUAAACCACUGAUGAAUGGUGCUGCAGUGGAGGAGGCUGAAAUAGAGUUGGUGCCUACUGCAGGGAGCGAGCAGGUGGAACCAAUAGCUAUAGAAAAUUGAGUUGCUGCCACAAAGGGCACAGUUGUAUCCACAGAGAUCCCAGAUGUCAAAGAGGAGGGACAAAGUUCCUCUGAAAUGACCACUGAAGCGAUUAAGAUUGUGGCCUGAUGGAAACAUUGAAAACGGGAUAUCAUCUGAGGAAAUUACAGCCUUAAUGAUGAAACCAGAGUGUAUUGGAUUUAAUUUUUUUUAAAUCUUAUAAUGAUCCAAUUCUUCAGCAGCCAUAGAAGUUGAACAUUUAUUUAGCAAUUUUAGGAAGAGGUCAACCUUUUUUGGGCGAUAAAUACAGUGCCUUCAGAAAUUGAUUACAUUGUUUUUUCCC